AUGGCCGGUGUGCAGAUUUUGAGAAGACAGGGCCGUGUGGUCAGCUCCAGUUUGCACAAGCCCAGCGCGGCUGAUAUGGGGGUCGUGAGAGGGGUGACUGAGCACAGCAAUUGGACCUCACAAACACUGAAAGAGGCCAGCGCCGGCCUACCUCUGAUGCUGCCCGAUCUUGCUUCGGGGACUGAGAGAAAAUGUUGUCGGACUCGGAGAGGGCAUCGUCCAUCAUGGCCCCGGUCCGCCUGUCAGCCUGCUGAUUGUGGGAGAAAAGAGAGAAUGAUAAGAGAGAGAAGAGAGAGAGAAAGAAACCCAGGAGUCCACCAGGAAGGCAAUUGUAAGAGAAACAGGAGGAGAGAAAGAAACAAGUAA